AUGGAUAAUGACUUAAGUAUUAAUGAUGUGAGAACAAGCAUUCCAAUCGUUGCCGAAAUCAAUAUUUCUGAAAACUUAGUAGCAGAAGUUGUCAAUCCCAUUGACAUAGAAUUCACACCAAAAUUGAACAUGCAGUUUGACACUGAGGAUGAAGCAUACGACUUUUACAAUGCUUAUGGGGGUAAAGUUGGAUUCAGUAUUCGUAAGGAUUAUGCAAAUAAAAGCCGUAAGAUAGGAAAUAUUACAACAAGCAAAUAUGACCGCAAGAAGGGAAAGUACGUUGUAUAUAAUUUUGUCGAAUCUCACAAUCAUCCUAUGAUAAUUGAAGAAUGCACACAUAUGAUGCCAUCACAACGAAGAAUAAGUGUUGCCCAAGCAAUUGAUGUGGAAUUGGCCUGCCAAUCUGGAGUUCCACUUGGUAAUGCAUUUGAGUUACUGAGCAGGCAGGCUGGUGGGAGGCAAUCAAUUGGCUACGCCAAAGUUGAUCAACAAAAUUUUCUAAGAACAAGAAGACAGAGUGAGUUAGAAUACAGAGAGAAGACAUGGCUGAUGAAUUAUUUCAAAAUUCAAUUUUGUGAGAAUCCUUCAUUUUUUCACACCAUGCAGUUGGAUAGCGAUGAAAUGAUAACUAAUAUCUUCUGGGCAGAUUCGAGAAUGAUAAUUGACUAUGGGCAUUCAUCCAAAGCAAUCGUCCUUUUGCGGCUUUUCUUGGUUUGA